AGCAGCAGCUACAUAGUGCCCACAGCAGCAUCCGUGAGUGAGUUGAGUAGUGUUAGCUCACUGCACAUUGGUUAAUCCCCUGAUUUGUACCAGACCCUUCAGAAUACAGCGUUACGCGUGGCUCCUCAGUUAUCAGUAAAAUUGAUAAUACAUCGUUUGUAUUUUGAUUGUGGGCAGUUGAAGUGUACAUAUCGCCAAACUGACUGAUCUGUCAUUCAGAGAGGUAACGUAGAAAUUAGUUCACGAGCUGAGCAUAUCAUGGAGACGGAAAUACACGUGCCUGUUGGCUCACCGGCAAUAAGAAAAUUUCCAAUAUUAGUCGACGAACAUAAUGUUGUCGGUGGGGCCAUGAAGUUGAUAAAAGAGCUGCGACCAGCAUGGGACAUAAAGCUCGUAAAGACCAAGCUCUUCACCGAUGGCACGACCAACAAGCUCGUGGGCUGCUACACCGAGGCCAACCCAGAGGAUGUAGUGCUGGUGCGCGUCUAUGGCAACCGCACAGAACUGAUCGUGGACCGGGACAACGAGCUGCGCAGCUUCCAGGUCCUCCACGCCAACGGCUGCGCCCCGCGCCUCUACUGCUCCUUCCAGAACGGCAUCUGCUACGAGUUCAUGCAGGGCGACGCACUGGGGACGCAGGACGUCCGGGACCCCGUACUGCGGAGACUCAUAGCCAGAGAGAUGGCACGCAUCCACGCUAUCCAUGCACACAACGGCUGCAUCCCUAAACCCAACCUGUGGAUCAAGAUGCGCAAGUACUUCUCCCUAGUGGCCACAGAAUUCACCGCAGAGGCCUCCAACAGCAGAAUCCAACAGGAAGUUCCCAGCCAGGAAAUACUGGAACAGGAAAUGACCUGGAUGAAGGAGCACCUCUCUCAGCUGGGUUCUCCUGUUGUGCUGUGCCACAAUGACCUGCUCUGCAAAAACAUCAUCCACAACGACAAAGAAGGCCAUGUCCGGUUCAUAGAUUAUGAAUAUUCUAGUUAUAAUUACCAGGCUUUUGACAUUGGGAACCACUUCAAUGAAUUUGCUGGCAUGAGUGAGCCAGAUUUCGGCCUGUACCCCAGUCGGGACAUGCAGUUGGAAUGGCUCCACACGUACUUGCAGAACUACAAACUGUACACCAAGAAAGGAGAGGAAGUCAGUCAGCAGGAGCUGGAGACUCUCUACGUGCAAGUCAACAAGUUUGCCCUGGCCUCGCAUUUCUUCUGGGGUUUCUGGGCACUUAUCCAGGCCAAAUACUCCUCCAUCGACUUCGACUUCCUCGGGUACGCUGUGCUCCGUUUCAAUCAGUACUUCAAGACCAAGCCAGCCCUCAUGGCCCUGACCGUCCCCGAGUGAGAGCUCGGCCAGGGCCACAGGAGGAGGAGGGUCUGGCUCCAGAAAGGACACCAAGUAGCCAGGCCGUAGGAUGCUUCUGGGGGUGGGUUGGUGUGGGAUGGGAUGGGGUUAAGCAAAAGUGGAAUGGUCUGGUUGACGGUGCAUCUCCUGCUCCAUCCUCCAGCUCAGCAUCUUGUCACAUGUCAAAUGCAAUUCCUUUCCUUUUUGUCCUUUUUACUUUCUAUCGCUUCCUUCAGAACCUUUCCUUAUCGUCGCAAGUUUCCCUAUACUCCCCAUAUUCUGAUGGAUCCAGAACCGGACCUAGUUUGACAAGAGUGUGUGUGCUCUGUGUGUGCGUGCGAGCGUAAUGUGUAUGUGUACGAGUGGGUAACGCAUGUGUGUUGUAAUAAGUGGACCAUUUCUAAUUAUUUAUUUAUGAAACUGGUGACUAAGCCCAGUCAUACUCACGAACACACCCCUGGACCGCUGUGUGUGUGUGUGUGUGUGUGUGUGUGUGUGUGUGUGUGUGUGUGUGUGUGUGUGUGUGUGUGUGUGUGUGUGUGUGUGUGUGUGUGUGUGUGUGUGUGUGUGUGUGUGUGUGUGUGUGUGAGCCUUCGGGCUCCUGAGCAAUGGUGUCCUCAGCGGUCAGGAGCCGUGUGCCGUGGCACUUUUGCAGUGGUGAGAUGAGUUGGCCGGUGUGGUAACUCUGUGCGGUGGAGCACGUGUUCCUCAAGCAACUGGUGGGCGCUCUCAGCAACCCACAAACUCUGGUGGAGUUAGAAGGCAUAUUAACUUUGAAAAAAAAAAAAAAGAACUUAUCGCUUGCUUGCUCUCCUCCAAUAUAUAUUUUUGUUGCUUUUUUAUAUCUUAACAGUUCAUUUAUGGACAAUUUCAUGUCUUAUUUAAUUCUAGGUAUGGUGCUCUUGAAUGCAGAACAAAAGUUUGCAUUCUCAGUUUUGAUCCAGAGCAUGGUUAUUACCGCAACUCGGUUGUCAGUUGCGGAUACCAUCUCUUUAGCUUGUCUCGCUGCUCUUCUAGAACAUUCCCUGACCAGUGGGCAGUGAGGACAUUCUCUCUCUCUCUCUCUCUCUUGACCUCCAACAGGAGACACUGCUUCCACAUCUUUGGCUUUUAUGGUUAUCGCCCAGCGAGGCUGUGUUUAACUUUCCACUCAUCACGCCGGGGGCCAUGGAGCAUAACCACCUCCACCACCUCCUCCUCCUCCUCCAGCCCUCCACCCCUCCUUCCUCCCCUCUGCCGUCCUUCCUCUCAUGGUCUCUCCUCCGUUCCCUGGGUUCCCACGGUUUGGACUGGUGCCGGUCAGAAUCUGUUGCCCACUGAGAUCCCUCUCCAGCGAUCUUGUUUCAAAAAAAGAAAAAACAAAACAGAGCCAAACGGUUAUGCAACCAUCCUUGUGUAACAGAUACCUGAAUGAGUGUAUGAGGCUCCAGCUUGAAAAUGAAACAGCGGCCCCAGCUUUAGAUUGUAUGACUACUGUAGAGAUGAAUUGGUGUUUUCUGAGAACAAGCAGUGCUUGACUACAGGUGUGUGUAGGAACAGCUCCGUUGAAUGAAAUGGUAGCUUCCACAAUCCAAACUGCAGUCCAGUUUUGACAGGAUUAGAACAUACAAACACACAUGCAAACAUUUGACAUACCCAUUAAUUUGUCACUCAUCGUGCCUGAAAAGAUUACGUAACUGUUCAGCUUGGACUGUGUACGAAUGUACCAUAAUAUAAUUGCACAACAUGGUGCACCACAAAGGCAAGCACUUGGGGCACACUAUUCAUUUGUGGCUGCAAAUGUUUGACGACACAUGGCCAUAAAAUCAACAUGGAACCCAGGUUGAAGUGUCCUCUUAAGAUGAAUCUAUGACAAGUAGCUCACUAGCCCUUUCACAGGCCAGUUUGAAUAUAGUCUCAUGUGUUUCCCUUUAUACGUCACUCUGGCUUAUCAGUCCUUGUAUUUAUCUGACUGAAUAGGUUUUGCGUUUGCGGAGGUACCUCACUGGCGACGCCCACCCACACCACACUCCUCUACAGAGACCUCAUUUUAGCAUCUCUGCCAGUCAUACAGAUUGUGUAGAAUUCUGUCUGAUUAUGGUUGUUUAUUUGUCACAUUUUCCUGUUUGAAAUUCCUUAAAAAAAAUGUAUGUGGAAGUUAAGACGAAAACAAAAUGCAUGUGUGCAGAUGGGCAAAUUGACAAAAUGCAGGUUUGUAGAUAGACUUCCAAUCACAGAAGAAGCUGUCCUCCAAGUAUCAAUGGCAUUUCAUAAAGACAGAGACAUCAUACCAGCUCUGGUUCCACCAGUGGCCACCAUCAUCCAACGCACAAUUCUAUGAAUGCAGGCCAAGACCUACACUACUGUAAAUGCUUGCUGUUCAUGGUCUGACCGAGUCAGCCUGGUGGCAUAUACUCUGGUUGGAUUACUGCUAGCUGUCUGUGAAAGCUUCAUGACGGCAGGUGAAUUAUUUAGCAGUCCAAGCUGCAGGUGUUUAUAGCAGAGGAGACGUGGCUCUCUAGCUAUGGCCUGAAUAAUUUAGAGGCUCCCAUGCUGCCUUUCCGUGAGUCACUCCCGAGGCACGUAACCAUGAACUCUUGCCACGUCCAUUCACCUGUUCACUCCUUGUGUGGACGACAGGCUUGUGCAAAAUUCCAGAAUUGAAUUGAAACUGGCUCUUAAAUUCCAAUUAAAUUCUUGAAUUUCUCUUGCAUUUCAAUUGAGGUAGCAAACAGGAAGCCGAAUUGCAAUUUGAUUUGUGCACAACCCUGGUGGAUGAGGAAAAUCCCACCAGGAUGCAGCUAUGCCCUUGGCUUUCCAGAGUCCCAAACCCCUCAAGCUCCUUAGACUUUCCUGAAGAAUACAUGAAGGAGAUUGUUGAUGUAUGGAUAGCUUUAAUCCGACAGUCAUGGUUAUCUGGUUAAGGUGGGAUAAGAAAAUGAAUCCUAAAGGCUAUUAGUUUGUCUUGUACGCUACAGUUCACUUAAAGCAGCUCAGUCAGCAAGCAGCUGUUUUGUAGGCUGUUUCUGUACUCACUACAUAACUGCUUCAUAUACAGCUCUGACCAUAUACAUCAGUCCUAUAUGUCAGAAUUCCUUCAAAGGCCAGUUGACAGGAACUUCCACAGAACUCUCAAUGAAUCCUGUUGUUGCUUAUAAAAAGCAAACAAACAUCAGAUAUGCCUUAUAUAUGUGCAUUAGGUUUCUUUGUAAUAGGCUACCUUUUAAAUGAAACCGCUCAGGAGUCUGAGUAUGACGGUGCAUAUGAGGAGCAGGGACUUUGUCUAAACUUUGGUACACUGACGUUAAGCAUGUCGUUCCCUGGAGGUUGAGCACCUGUUCAUGAGUGAUGGAGUAGAUAUCAAAAUCAUUCUAUUAAAAAGAUGCUUUGAUAUGUACCUAUUUUGAUAUUUAAUAUUUAUCUGAAGGCACUUGAAUUAUGGGGAUAUUUAUUAUUGCUAUUUAAUCCAUGACAUUUCAGUCUUGUUACUUGAGAACUAGAUUAACAUGACAUGUUUGCAGUGCUUAUCAGUGAAAACUAAUUUUGAUUUGAGAAGUGACGCUAACCCAUAAUGGCUUCCUUCCUGACUACAGUUGCAUUUCCCUGUAGUGAAUGUACUGUUCUGACUUGAAAAACAAAAGUGGAUUGAUUACUUGCUUUUCUCAGCCAGACUUUUUUGUAAAUGUGUAUGUGUGUGUGUGUGUGUGUGUGUCUCGUUAUGUGAUUUUUCCUUUUUCUUUUUUUUUUUUUCUUCCUUGGAAAAAAAUAAAUAAAACCACGGUUUGAAUCAGGCAGGAAAUCCACUUAAGAGUCAGAGUAGGAUGCAGUGACUGAGGUGUAGUGCCAGCGUGUUACCAUUAGAGGGCACUGUUUAUCUCCUAAUCAGCUGAUCAGGGUAUAGCAGUGUCCAAGCUCUCCUCAGUCAGUCAGUCAUUCAAACAGGCCUUCAGUUCACAAAGCCCGUGGAGAAAGAGGAGAGGGUGCUGGGAGAAAGUUGUAUAUACUGUAAUAAACUGUGAAAAUGUGACUGAUAACCCUUCUCACUUCAAGUGCUUGGGUGAGUAACUUAACGUGUCAAUAAAUAUUUACAUUAAAAUCA